ACCCAAGGAAAAUGACUCCCGCAGUACAUGACGACGUUUCUGUACGGUAAUUUCAAGUGGGCUCGUUCCCGGAGAACCAAACAGGGGGCGAGGUGUUUUGUCGGCAUCGUUCACCGGGUGCGUGUUUGUCUUGACGUGUUGCACUCGGAAGACCCCACGGCGUACCUCCUUGGGGGCGGACGCGCGGUGCUGCCCGGCGUAACAGCUGAUGCCGCCCGACGCGCACCAACUGCUCUGGGAAUUGCCUGACCGGGCCGUAGCACAAUCUUUACCCAGAUUAGGUGAUGGAUGUUUGUACCGAGUAAGAGGAAGUGAGAUGAUUGCCGGAUGGGAGAUGGUAAUGCAACCCCUACAGCUCAUCACCUGUGUGACAGUAUACGUUAAGAUGAUGCAUUUGCGACAUGUACAGGAGAUCGCCAUUAAAAGUCUGGCUUCACACUGGGGGAACCACAACAAAGAAAUGGAAAGGUCAAGAAAAAGAGAUAGUCGAGACAAGAACAAGUAUUGUAAAUAGCAAUUGCAGAUGCAGUUAUUUUGAUUUUCUGCAUCUAUUUGGAUCGACGAGAUGAUGAGCGAUUCAAGAAGGAAACAAUGGAAUGCAUGAACGAAGAGGAGGAUUACCUAUGAUGAGGCAACACAUGAGAGGGGGAUAUCGAAAGCCUGCCUUUGACUUGCAUGCCAGCUUAUAAUUACAUGUAAUAUUCCCUGAAUUGUAAAUUCAUUUGCAGUCGCAUGUACAUAUGAUAAAAGUGAUUUACUUUCAAUGGAGAAAGGUGCUGUGAG